UACACACACAUGGUUGGCAUACAUCGUCACCACACACAACGCACCCACACGCAAGCACACGCAUCCUUAGUCUGUGGUAUUUAUUGCCUGCACAUGGCAUGGCCUCCUUGUGUCUGCCUCCUGUCCACAAACCCACCGGCCACGACUCCUCCAGACGCCACUCCGUCGAGCGUCUGAGCAAACGUAGCCGCUGCGUUGUUUACAGGAUGGAGAACAACGGAAGGCAGCGCCAACCCUCAUGAUCGAUCAGAACAGCCGCUCCGAUAGCCCCCUCCCUCCCUCGAUCUGUCUGUCUGUCUGUCUGCCCCCCAUUCCCUCUAUCUACGAGAAGAUGUCGUCCAGCAGGUCGUCGGCGGUCUUCUCCUGGUUAUCCUCACUCUCCUCCUUCUGCGUCGCAUCGCUGUCCUCACCCCCACCAUCAACACCGCCACCACCAUCAUCCCUCCCAGACCCUGAUGCUGCUGCUGCUGCUGCCGGACCAGCUGCCGCAGCAGCGGCGGCAGCAGCAGCAGGCGCCCCUCGCCGCGGCAGGUCGGGUACUGUCACACCAACGGGCGCCGAACCGGAAAGCAGGUGGGACAGGCCCGCACUCUCCUGCACAGGUGGGGGUGCCGCCAUGUCCUCCUCGAUGGGCUGUGAGGGGACUGGCGGGCGGUGGUCGUCCAUGUCCAUGUCCAUCUCCAUCCCUCCGAAGUUGAAGAAGUCGUCAUCGUCCUGGUCGUCGCGGCGUCCGGGGGCCCGCAUGUCGUCCAUGUCGUCUCGGUUGUCAUCGAUGUUGGAGGAGGGCGGGCGCCGCAUGGCCUUGGCUUUGGCCUUGGCGCGACCCUUGCCCUUCGCCUUGCCCUUGGCCUUGGCCUUGCCUGAACCAACACACACACGCACACACACACACACACAGGAGCGCAGCAGUGAGAUGACGGCACCGGUGAGGUGAUUGUCGUGUGUGUUACCCACCUUUUGCUUUCCCCUUGGCUUUGGCUUUGGUCUUGGCCCGUCCGCUGCGGGUCUCCUCCUCAGUGUCGUCAGCAUCGUCACCGUCCAUGCCGGCCUCCCGCUUCACCCGCGCGCCGCUGUCGUCAUCCGACUCCUGCUUGACCCUCUCAUCAACGAGCUCGUCACGCUCAUGCUUGAGCCCGCGCAGCUUCUCCUUCUUGUCGUUGAGGAUGGCCGCGAACUUGACCAUCAUGUGAUGCUUGUGCGCCUCGCCCGCCUCACCGCCCUUGGCGCCGUCCCUCAGGCGCCUCCCGAGGUUGUGCAUGAGCAGUGUGUGGCCGGCGGUGAGGGUGCUCUGGCGCUGCCGGUUGCUCUCCUGGGCGGCGAGAUGCAUGGCGAAGAGCCGGUCGAUGGCGGCGUGGUUGGACUCCUCCGACAGGUGGAUGUCGCGCGUCAUGGUCCUGAAGUACGGUUGCCGCUGGCCGGUGAGCUUCUGGCCGUGCCCCACCUUGAUGACGCACGUGUGGUGGGACGAGUAGGGGGAGGGCGGGGCGAAGGAAGGCUCCACGCGGUAGGCGUCAGGCUGCGAUACCGACAGGGCGUCGACGAGCUUCUGUCGGGUGGCUUGGUCGUCCCAGAUGAGACCGCUGCCAUGGCUGUCCUCACUCAGAUCUCCGCGCUCGAUUUUGCCCGAGUAGAACCGCUGGCCGUCGUAGAGAAGCAGUGUGGCGAUGGCAUGCGACGGGUUGGCGGGCAGUUGGUCGGGGAAAGGGCCGGGCCAUGUCGACUGCAGACGGAGGUUCUGAUCAUCGUAGGAAAACUCAAGCACGUGGUACUCUGAAGCAGCAGAGUCGUCGCCCAUCGUGCCGCAAUUAGUUUUGGGCGGGAUCUCCCUCUGACUUCAAGCUG